AUGGAGCAUAUCGCUAAUAAAUCUCAAUUUGAAACAAUCAUUAAACUUAUUAGAGGAACAUACUAUUGGUUAGUUUAGGAAAAAUUUCUAAAAUUAUUCAAAUCGGUUUUUCAGGGGAGAAUGGACCAUGGAGAAUGAUCAAUUCCAUUUGGUAAAGAUGUCGUCUGAACAAUUGGAUUGUCAAGGAUCCAAACUUAUUGUCUUAAUGGAAGAAUCAUUGAAAAAUCUCAUUGGAUUUAUUAAAGUAAGUAUUAAGAGUUAUUUAUUCUAGAAAAGAACUCAUUAUAUUUCAGAUUGAUCCAAAUAUUUGUUAUGAAGACAAUUCAAAAUUUGUCGAUAAAUGCAUGCAAGUGUGCGAUCAUUAUGAAUUGAUUAUUGAAAUGCACCAAGAUACUGGAUCAACAUUAUUCAAUUCUGAUGAAACGGUUCGAAAUCCGGUACGUUUAUACUUUCAUCAAAAUGUUUAAUAGUGCAUUUUUUGAAAAAUCAAACCGUCAUUAGAAUUGAAUAAAAAAAUUAUAUUAUUGCAACAAAUUUCCAACUUUCUCAUUUUCCAGUUCUCACUUUUCCAAUACAGGUCGGAUCUUAAAAAAAAAACAUUUGAGACUAAAAAUUCAAGAUUUUCAAUGAAAUUGACAUUUGAAAAUUUGGAACAUUUGAAAAUUUGGAAUAAAACUACAAUUAUGAAAAAGAGCAAUGUUCCGUUUCCCAUCCGCCAACAAAAUCAUUCAUUUUCCAGACAUUGUUAUCUGCAAUCGAAAGACGUGAAACCGUCCAGCCAAUUGAACAACAAAUUGGACAAAUUGACAAAGAAGAAUUUUAUGCAUCACUUGUUGAUCGAACUAUGAGUGUUGAACAAAAAUUGGAGCAGAAAUUGAAUCAAAACUCGGAAAUGGAUAGAUUGAAAAAAUUAUUCAACCAAAAAGCAACAAUAGCGGAAAAAGUGAGUUUACUUUCGAAUAACUAUGGCCAUUUUUUGAAUUGGUCUGAAGAAAUUGGGCCAGGUUUAAUUAAGUGAAUCCGAUUUAGAAGGAUUUUUGAAACGAACCAUGGUGAAAUAUUUUCAAUACAUUUUUUUUGCACCUGGCCCGAUUCAAAAUUUAUUUUGCCAAUUAAAAAACAAACAUUUUCAGAUGGAUAUUGUUCGGAUGUUGAAGAAAGCGGAUUGGACUCUAGAGGACAUGGUUUAUGUCGACCUCAAACCUCGAUUGGGAAAUAAUAUUUUCGACGUGAGUGUACAAUAUUUCGAAAAAUAUUCUCAAUUAUUAUGUUUUUCAGAAAUUGUGGUAUGUGUGGCGGUUUGAGUCGGAUGAAACAUUUCGCAGAAAACUCAUCGAUUUGUCGACAGAUUAUAUUAUUUCAGUUGAUUUGCUGAAAAUAAUUGCGCCCAUGUACAAUGAACAAUUGUACGAUGACGUCAAUUUUUGGUUGGACAAGUUGAGUUCGGAGACUAAUUCGUCUAAAAUUGUUGAUGUGAGUUUAAAAAUUACCCUUUUAUAAUUUUGAUCAAAACUAGUUUUUUUUAAGGAAAUUCGCGGUUUACGAAGAGAGAAAAGAGAGGAGAAGCAGAAAAAUGAGAAAAAGUCGAAAAAGGAGAAAAGAAAGUGAGUGAAAUCACUUCCACUAUUCAAUCGUCUUUGGGCCAUGAUCAAUUUAUUUGCUCUUUAAUAUUAUUUUUCGUGUUUUUAAUAAAACUUGGUCGCUUUUCAAAAAAGAUUUAAAAAUUAAUUAUAUAUUUUGCAAUAAAAAAAAACUUACACUUUUCCAUUACAUAAAACAAAGAAUUCGAUGUUCAAACAUAGUUAACUCGAAAUCGAUCGAAUUCCGCAUCACAGUCCUCAAGAACUUGAAAUUUUCAUAUUUUUCUUCAAAAUCUCCAUCGUCUCCUUCAUAAGAAUCUUUUUCCUGAUCACCGCGAUUUCCAACAUAAUUUUCGCAAAAAUAAAACAACACAAUAUUUUGUCAUCGUUUCACCAUCACAAAAUGAUGCAAGUGUCCAUUUUAAUCUAUCUGCAACAGAAAAUAAACUUAGAAAAAGCUAUUUCUCGAAAAAAAACAGAAAAAAACACGCUGAUUUUGAACGGACAAAUCGAGAAUCCACUAAAAAGAGAGAGUGCAGAGAAAUCGCGCCAAGACCACACUUGGCUGUGCGCCAGCUAAUGGUAAAAUGGCGUACUGUAGCACUAUUUCAGCUGUGUUUCUAGCUUCUUUUUCCUCUCUCGAACUCUCGAUUUGUCCCUCUUUCUAUUGUUUUAAAAUAGCGUGCCAGUUUCCGCAAAAACCACAAAAAAAAGCAUUUUCAAACCUCCCCCUUUGCACAACAAACACGCCAGCGCGCACAACACUGACGCGCACCACAAACACGCCAACACACAUUUUGCAUUUUUAUUUCGCGUUUUGCAGUUUUUGCAGCGAAAAACCCGAUUUCCAGCCAAAAAUUUCAAAUUUUCAGCAAAAUGCCGACUGUGGGAAUCAAAAAGCUCCUUUUGGACAAACAUUUCAACCGAAUUUAUUGUAGGUUUUGAGGGAAAACAAAUAUUUUCUCAAAAAACAAUUUUUUUCAGCGGAAAAGGAAUUCGAUGAGUUGUGCUUUGAAUAUGGUUUAGAGUUGGACGAAAUCGUGAGUCCUGGGCCUUUGUGAAGAAAAAUAUGUUUUUAAAACAAUUUCAGACCUCGGAAAAGGCUGCGGUUGAAAAAGAGCGGGGAACAAACGCUGCCACGGAUCUCAACGACCAAGAAGUCUAUAAAAUCGAUAUCCCCGCAAAUCGCUAUGAUUUGCUAAGUGUAGAAGGGUUAUCCCGAGCGAUUCGUAUCUUCAAGCAAGAAAUCCCACCUCCAAAAUACACUUUCGCGCCAAUUCCAAAAUCUGGCUUGCAAAAAAUCAUUGUGAAAAAGGAGACAGCAACAAUUCGCUCAUUUGUAGUUGGCGCAGUUUUGCGAAAUAUUCAAUUUGACGCGGAUAAUUAUGCGAGUUUCAUCGAUUUGCAAGACAAACUUCAUCAAAAUAUUUGCCGAAAACGAACAUUGGUUGCGAUUGGAACGCAUGAUUUGGAUACUAUUCAAGGACCUUUUGAAUAUCGUGCGGAAGCUCCGAAAGAUAUCAAAUUCAGGCCUUUGAAUCAAACAAAAGGAUAUACAGCUGAAGAAUUAAUGACACUUUAUUCAAGUGAUUCACAUUUGAAAGCCUAUCUUCCAAUCAUUCAAAACCAUCCGAAAUAUCCAGUUAUUUAUGAUUCAAAAGGAGUUGUUUGCUCGAUGCCACCAAUUAUUAAUGGAGAACACUCGAAAAUCACUUUGAAUACCAAAAAUGUUUUAAUUGAGGCCACCGCCACUGAUAAACAGAAGGCAUUUGUUGUUUUGGACACGAUUGUUACACUUUUCUCGCAAUAUUGUGCGAAACCUUUUGAAGUUGAACAAGUUGAAGUUGUUUAUGAGGAAAGUGGGGAAAAGGAAUUGUAUCCGGUGAGUUUUCAAAGGGUUUUUCUGCUUAGAAAGUGUAUUUAUUGGCUGAAAAUGUGAAAAUUUAGUUGAAAAAUGAAGAAAAUAUGAAAUUUCUAUGUGCCUUCAAAUUUUUAAAACUGUUUCUACUGCCGAAAAUUUGAAAUUUAAAAUUUUUGGGGCGAAAUUUGAAUGUUUCAAAUUAUUAAUUUUGCCACCAAAAUCUGGAUUUUCAUCGCGAAAUGUGAGGGCUGAUUCACGAAGGAAAAAAUGUUGAAAAAUGGUUUUUUAAAAGAUCAAUUCACGAAAAGUCAAAAAAUAUCGAAAAAACAACUAGUAUUUCGAGUUUUUCAGCCAAAAAUGAUGAAAAAUCGAUAUUUUUCAAGCUUCUGGAAUGAUUUCUGAUGAAAAUAAGCUUCGAGAAUCCUAUUUUGCUUUAUUUUUUUAUUUUUUUUCGAAAUUCAUCACGAAAAUUCAGCAAAACCUUCUGGAAAGUGAAUUCCAAGGUCAAUUUUCAUCAAAAACUACUCCAGAAGCUUGAAAAAUAUCGAUUUGUCAUCAUUUUUGGCUGAAAAACUCGAAAAACUAAUUUUGACCUACGACUUUUCGUGAAGAUUCAAAUUUCGCGCUGAAAAUCCAGAUUUUGGUGGCAAAAUUAAUAAUUUGAAACAUUCAAAUUUUGCGCCAAAAAUUUUAAAUUCCUGAUGAAAAUUCAUCUAUCUUUCCGAAUUUCAAUAAUUUCUAAAUUUCUAUCAUACAUCAGUUUCUUCCGGUCAGGGCCUCAAAAUUAGCCACCCCCGAAAUGUGAAAAUACAAAAAUUAGCCACAUCCCCUCAAAAAUAGAGAGAAAAACUUGGUUUUUGGGGUGUAAUUUGUUAUUUUUUCAAAAAGUUACCCGGUCCCCACCCCUUUUUACCAAAGUUAGCCAGACCCCCUCCGGACGAAAAUCCGGGGAUACUGAUGUAUGAUUUCCAUUUUUGCAGCUCCUCUCCUACCGCGAAAUGACCGUAACCACUCCAGAAAUCAACACAAAAAUCGGAAUAAAUUUGGACGAUCAAACAAUGGCAUAA